AUGUGCUGCAACUACUACGGCAACUCCUGUGGCUCUGGCUGCAGCUCUGGCUGUGGCUAUAGUAGUGGCUAUGGCUGUGGCUAUGGUUCUGGCUGUGGCUAUGGUUCUGGCUGUGGCUAUGGCUCAGGCUGUGGCUAUGGCUCAGGCUGUGGCUCUGUCUAUGGCUGUGGCUAUGGCUCCCGCUAUGGCUGUGGCUCUGGCUCUGGCUAUGGCUGUGGCUCUGGCUAUGGCUGUGGCUAUGGCUCCCGUUAUGGCUGUGGCUCUGGAUGUGGUUCUGGCUGUGGCUAUGUCUCCGGUUAUGGCUGUGGCUAUGGCUCCCGUUAUGGCUGUGGUUAUGGAAGUGGCUAUGGCUCCUCUUGUGGCUACCGGCCAUUUUGCUACAGAAGCUGUUAUUCUUCUUGCUGCUAA